GUGGCCUUUCAGCGAAUUAAUGCGCAUUCCCACAUGGAGUUCACCUUGCACGGAAAGGGAAAGCCGGAAAAACUUAAAUAAAGUGUUAGAUUUUGAUUUUGGACAUUUGCCAAUCAGUCUGUACCAAUAUUCGAUGCAUAAUGGAUUUAAUAACUAUUUUGGAAAAGACCACAUCGUCUGAUCAAGGCGAUAUAGAACAAGCGCAGAAGUUUCUUGAACAAGCUGCACAACAGAACCUACCAGACCUGUUGAAAUCUUUGUCAGAAAUCUUGAAAAAUGGUACAAAUAGCCCUGUUGCACGAAUGCAGGCUGGUCUCCAGUUGAAAAAUGCUCUGUAUUCUAAAGAUGCUGCGUUGAAAGUCGAGUACCAGCAAAGAUGGCUUCAGUUUGCUGAGGAUGUCAGAAAUCUGGUCAAGUUAAAUGUCUUGUCCAGUUUAGGUACAGAGACUGUAAGACCGAGUUCAGCAGCCCAAUGUGUGGCCAAUAUAGCCUGUACAGAGCUUCCACAAGGUCUGUGGCCAGAGUUGAUCAACACCCUGUGUAACAAUGUGACGAAUCCAGGCAGUACGGAGAUGAUGAAGGAGUCGUGUCUAGAAGCUAUUGGAUAUAUAUGUCAGGAUAUAGAUCCAGAAAUACUGCAGACUCAGUCAAAUGAAAUAUUAACAGCUAUAGUUCAUGGAAUGAAAAAAGAAGAAACCAGUAAUAACGUAAGAAAUGCUGCUACAAAUGCUCUACUCAACUCCCUAGAGUUUACAAAGGCUAAUUUUGACAUAGAGUCUGAGAGACAUUUUAUUAUGCAAGUUGUGUGUGAGGCCACUCAGUCAGAAGAUACCCGGGUUCGAGUAGCCGCCCUACAAUGUCUUGUAAAAAUCAUGUCUUUAUACUAUGUUUACAUGGAACAUUACAUGGGGCCAGCUUUAUUUGCUAUAACCAUGGAAGCUAUGAAGUCGGAAGUUGACGAGAUCGCUUUACAAGGAAUUGAAUUCUGGUCUACCGUUUGUGAUGAAGAGGUCGACUUAGCAAUAGAAUUGUCCGAGGCUGCAGAAGCCGGUAAACCACCAGAACGUACCAGUAGAUUUUAUGCUAAAGGGGCACUACAAUACCUUGUUCCAAUUUUACUUGCAACACUUACAAAACAGGAAGAAUUUGAUGACGACGAUGAAUGGAACCCGUGUAAGGCAGCCGGUGUUUGUUUGAUGUUGAUGGCCACAUGUUGUGAGGAUGACAUCAUACAGCACGUACUACCGUUUGUUAAAGACAAUAUACACCACGAAGACUGGAGAUACAGGGAUGCUUCUGUGAUGGCUUUCGGUUCUAUAUUAGAGGGACCAGAUCCAGCGACUUUGAAACAACUAGUUGAUCAAGCUUUACCAAUGUUGAUAGAAAGUUUUAAAGACCCUUGUGUUAUUGUUCGCGAUACUGGUGCAUGGACUAUUGGUCGCGUGUGUGAAAUCUUGCCGGAAGCAGUAAUAAAUGAACAGUAUUUAAAUCCACUUUUACACGCCCUCGUGGCUGGAUUAGAGACUGAACCAAGGGUCGCAAGCAAUGUCUGCUGGGCAUUUUCGAGUUUAGCAGAGGCAGCCUUUGAGAAUGCAGAACAACCAGACGAUGGGUCCGACCCUGCCACCUGCUGUUUGUCAAAUUACUUUCAACAAAUUGUACAUAAGCUUAUGCAAACUGCCGACAGACCGGAUGGUAACCAGAAUAAUUUAAGAAAUGCAGCUUACGAGGCUAUUAUGGAGAUGAUGAAAAAUAGUACAAAGGAUUGUUACCAGAUAGUUUUACGUACACUUGUAUUAGUCCUAGAAAAAUUAGAAAGAGUUCUUCAAAUGGAGAAUGAUAUACAUAUGUCAUCAGAUAGAUCACAAUACAACGAUUUGACGUCCCUUUUAUGUGCUACAUUACAGAGUGUUUUAAGAAAAGUAACGUCGGAUGAUGCGCCACAGAUCUCGGACCAGAUAAUGAGCACAUUGUUGCGCAUGUUCCAGUCUUCGACCGGAAAAUCUGGAGGUGUGCAAGAGGAUGCCCUCUUAGCUGUAUCCACACUUACUGAAGUAUUAGGAGAGAACUUCUUGAAGUACAUGGAUGCCUUCAAACCAUUCCUGUUCCUAGCCCUCAAAAAUCAUGCCGAGUACCAGGUGUGUAUUGCGGCUGUAGGUUUAGUUGGUGACCUCAGUCGGGCGCUCGGUCAGAAAAUCCUGCCAUACUGUGAUGAGAUUAUGAUGUUACUUCUAGAAAACCUUGGGAAUGUUGGUGUGCACAGAUCUGUGAAGCCUCAGAUUCUCUCAAUAUUUGGUGAUAUUGCUCUAGCUGUAGGACCUUACUUUAAGAAUUAUUUAGAGGUUGUUUUAACUACCUUACAGCAAGCCACACAAGCUCAAGUUGAUAAGACGGAUUAUGAUAUGAUAGAUUAUUUGAAUGAACUACGUGAAGGUUGCCUAGAAGCAUAUACUGGCAUGGUGCAGGGAUUAAAAGGAGACAGUGAGUCUCCUAAUGCUGAUGUGACCCUGCUUCAACCACAUGUUGGUCACAUGAUAUCAUUUAUAGAACACAUAGCCCUAGACGAGGAUCAUAGUGAUAGUAAUAUAUCAGCGUGCUGUGGAUUGAUAGGAGAUCUUUGUACAACCUUUGGUGCCAGCAUUUUACCAUUGGUUGAUAAAGAACCAAUCACAGGCCUUCUUACAAAAGGUAGAAGAUCAAAAGCCACUAAAUGUAAAACAUUAUCCACAUGGGCGACAAAAGAAAUCAGGAAAUUGAAGAAUGCUGCACAAUCCUGAGUUACCUUGAUUUCUGAUGUAAAGUAUGGAGCGAGUGUGUGUUUUUUUGACACACACAAUAAAAAAAAAAGUUCAACCAUCUUUCAAACAAUAGUUGUCUACAAUAUAGUGGUACAUUUUCUGACAAGAGACAACAUUGAGUGAGAUAGACUCGAGAAUUAGGAGAGAGAGGUUAUAGGGAGAAAGGGUGAGAGAGAGAGAGUUUAAUAAUUAAAUAUAAAUAAAAAACACUCGACGAUUUACUACAAAGACGGACGGACCCUGGGACAAGCACUGUCUAGAUUAUCAGCCAAAGUAACGUUGCAGUUGAAAAUAAAUGGAAAGGAAACUAAAAAAAAAAAACAACUUGGAAACAGAAGGAAUUACAACAAACUGCAAUGAAAUGGAUUGGUGUCACCGUGUGGAUCAAAUUCUUGGAAGAAUGUGGACAAAUACAACAAAUACAUUCGUAUGCAAGGAAAGUUGGGUUUCAAACAGUUUGCAAUUUCAGGAAGUGUUAUUCCUACUGUUGGAUGUUACAUUCUUUAACAAGAUCGGAAAAUUUUCAUGAUGUUUGAUUCACAAAUUGGUGUACAUAUGUUAGAUUAACGAAGAGAUUGACUUUAAAAAAACCGGCUGGCUGCACACGAUAAUCGAUUUUGUGAACGCCAUUGCCAGAAAGUGCUUUCUAUGACAACUGUGAUUAUACAAUCCAAUGAAGAAAAAAAACAAAACGUGAUAUAAAUAUAUACAUAUAUUUUUCGACAAAGUGCUAUAUUUUCUUCCCCCUUUUUUUUUUCGGACACAAAUUGAACCUUCCAUAGUGCUAUUGACGUUGACAUUUAUUUCAUCCUUUUCCUGUGAUUUUUGUCCUAUAAAAAAGUCUCGAUUUUUUUUAUCACAGGGGUUUCAUGCAAUAAUAUUUAUAUACUGUCAUUUUGUUUCCUACUUGACUGUUUCAUUCUGUUUACUUUUUUAUAUAUAUUUGAUACUGUUGAAAAAAAAACCCAUUUAGAAUAUAUUUUUUCACGUUCUUUGCUUCAGCGACAUUUACAUGUAUAACGUUGUAACCAUAAAAUGUGUUACAUAUUCUGAUCUUCUUUGAUUUACUAUCAGGAACAAGACGAAGAUUUUGUUU